AUGGCUACCGUACCAAGACCACGCAACAAGGAUGCUGCUGCACAGGGAGCUCAGAAAGAUCUAGUCACUGCUCCCUAUGGCUCCUGGAAGUCUCCUCUCACCGCCGAUGUUGUCUCCGGUGCUUCCAAGAGACUAGGUGGCACUGCCGUUGACGGUCAUGGUCGCCUCAUUUGGCUGGAAUCCCGCCCCACCGAGUCCGGGAGGGCAGUCCUUGUUCGAGAGCCGGAAAAAGCAGGAGAUGAGCCCAUCGAUAUCACGCCUAAAGAGUUCGCAGUGCGAACAGUCGCUCAGGAGUAUGGAGGUGGUGCCUUCAGUGUUUCGGGAGAUACUGUUAUUUUUGCAAAUUACAAGGAUCAGAGACUGUACAAGCAAUCUAUAAGUUCUCUAGAUGUUCCUCCCAUCCCGCUCACGCCAGAUUAUGGGGGACCAGUAGUCAGCUAUGCUGAUGGAGUAUUGGAUGCACGCUUUAACCGUUAUGUCUGUGUACGAGAAGAUCGUCGGCAGAGCAAUAUAAAUUCAACAACAACAAUUGUAUCAAUAGCUCUUGGCAAUAAGGAUGUUCAAGAACCAGAAGUAUUAGUUAGCGGAAGUGACUUCUAUGCUUUCCCACGUCUUGAUCCAAAAACAAAUCGAAUAGCAUGGAUUCAGUGGAAUCACCCUAACAUGCCAUGGGAUAGAUCAGAACUCUGGGUUGGUUAUAUAUCUGAAAAUGGAGAGAUCCACAGGAGCAGCCGCAUAGCUGGUGGUGAUCCUUCGCUUGUGGAGUCUGUAACUGAACCCAAGUGGUCCCCUGAUGGGGAGCUCUUUUUCAUUACUGAUAGAGAGAAUGGCUUUUGGAAUCUUCAUAAAUGGAUUGAGUCCGAGAAUAAGAUCAUCCCUGUUUAUUCUUUGAAUGCUGAGUUUACAAGACCAUUAUGGGUUUUCGGUAUAAAUUCAUAUGAAUUUAUUCAGAGUGAUAAACAGAAAAGCUUGAUUGCUUGCAGUUACAGGCAAAAGGGGAGGUCAUAUCUUGGAAUCAUUGAUGACGUGGAAAGCUCAACAAUCAUUGUGCUUGAUAUCCCUUUCACAGAUAUGGAUAACAUUACUUCUGGGACAGAUGGCCUCUAUGUAGAGGGAGCGUCUGCAGUUCAUCCAUCAUCAGUGGCCAAGGUGGCUUUGGAUGAUCAGAAGUCAAAAGUUGUUGACUUCAAUAUCGUCUGGUCCUCCUCACCAGAUAGUUUAAAGUAUAGUUCUUACUUCAGCAAGCCAGAGUUAAUCGAGUUUCCCACAGAGGUUCCUGGUCAAAAUGCCUACGCAUAUUAUUAUCCACCGUAUAAUCCUACUUAUCAAGCCAGCCAAGGGGAAAAGCCUCCCUUGUUAUUAAAUAGCCAUGGAGGACCAACAGAAGAAACACGUGGAGUUUUAAACUUGAGCAUUCAGUACUUGACCAGUCGAGGUUGGGCAUAUGCAGAUGUAAAUUACGGUGGAAGCACUGGUUAUGGAAGACAAUAUCGAGAAAGACUUUUAGGAUGCUGGGGCAUAGUGGACGUUGAUGACUGUUGUAGCUGUGCUAAGUAUUUGGUGGACAGUGGAAAGGUUGAUGGGGAACGAUUGUGCAUUACUGGCGGCUCUGCUGGUGGGUAUACCACAUUAGCUACACUUGCCUUUAAAGAAACAUUUAAGGCUGGAUCUUCUUUGUCUGGUGUAGCUGAUCUGAACUUGUUGAGAGCAGAGACUCAUAAAUUUGAGUCCCAUUACAUUGAUAAUCUUGUUGGCGGUGAUAAAGAAUGCUUUGAAAGAUCCCCAAUCAACCAUGUUGACAAAUUUUCUUGUCCUGUAAUUUUGUUUCAAGGCUUGGACGAUAAGGUUGUGCCUCCAGAUCAAGCUCGAAAAAUUUACGAGGCAGUGAAGGAAAAGGGUGUGCCUGUGGCCCUUGUUGAGUAUGAAGGAGAACAACAUGGUUUCCGAAAGGCUGAAAACAUAAAGUUUACACUUGAACAACAAAUGGUGUUCUUUGCACGAUUGAUUGGACACUUCGAGGUUGCCGAUGAUAUCACACCUAUCAAAGUUGAUAACUUCGACCCAUAAUGGGUCUUCAAAAUGUGAAGAUGCAUGCUCGCUGAGUUUCCUGAUGAUAGAUUUACAGAAAAAUGAGUCAUGGAUUGGAUUAUUGAAUUACUCGAUGAAUUUUAGGUGAGAAAAUUUAA